CGGGUGUCAGCCUGAGGGAGCCCCAGCUGAGGUCUGCCCUUGCCAAAUCCCGCCCUUGUCUGCUUGCCCGAUUGAAUGGGACACCGGGAGCAUCACCUCACUUAAGAGGUUGUUGAGGGAAGAUCAUCAGGAGAGGGUUAAUUUUCAGGAGGCUGCAGAGCACAGAAGAGAAAGCACAGAGGCUCAGGGCUGGUUCUACGAGGCUCCGAACACCGCUGGGGAGACAUGAGCUUGUUCAAAGAAGCUUCUAGACUUGCUGAAAGGUCGAAAUGAAUCCUGUUCAGCAUUCCCUGCCCUGGGUGUGAGGUCUUCCAGGAAGCCGGAGGCAAUGGCCUCCUAGUAGAAGCUGGAAGCUUCUAGUCAUCUGAUCAGAGAGCAGGAGCCCUUCUGGGGACAACAGUACCGGACAGGCAAAAACAGUUCAGCCCUGGAGAAAUGAAAUCCCAAAGGAGAACCACGCUGUGCUUCGUGUUCAUGAUGAUUUAUUCUUCCAGAGCUAUCCUUGACUUGAACCCAGAGCCUGCCGUCCAUCCUUUGAGUCUCCAUGAACAUGAACUAGAGGGUGAAGAACCCCUGAGGCAAAAACGAGCAGUCCAGAGGCCCGUGGUGGAAGAAUACACAGUGGAUAUUGAGAUCAGUGUUGAAAAUGUCUCCUCCCUGGAGUCCCUCAGAGCUCACCUGAGCAGCCUCCACUUUCCACUUCAUGGUAACAGCACCCACCUCACCGCCGACAUUCUCAGCAUAGCGGUGACCACGGUCUGCCAGCCUACCGCAAACGAGGUCUGGUGCUCCUGCGAAACAGGAUACAGGUGGCCUCGAGAAAGGUGCGUCCGCCAUCUCCCCUGUCAUCAACAGCCCGGAAGCAUCCUGCCAGGGCCCCACUGCCACUGCCUGAAAGGACUUCCACCCGGAGGGCCUUUCUGCCAGCUCCCAGAAGAAUAUUUGACCCUGAAAAUGAGAGUCAGACUGAAUGUGGGAUUUCAAGAAGACCUGAAGAACACCUCCUCGGCCCUGUAUAGAUCCUACACCACAGACCUAGAAAGAGCGUUCCGAGAGGGCUACAGAAUAUUACCAGGCUUCAAAUCCGUGACUGUGACUGGGUUCACCAAAGGCAGUAUUCUUGUGAACUAUGAAAUCAAGACUACAACACCACCAAGCGGGCUCAUGCAGAAAGCCAAUGAGAACGUCAUAAAGAACCUCAAUCAGACAUACAGAAUGGAUGAAGGCUCCUUCCAAAGUGUGCCCAGCAAUGAGACCAAGUUCACAAUUAUCCCAGAACAAGUCUUUGAAGGGGACAGCGUGACGCUGCAGUGUGAAAAUGACGUCUUGUCCCCCAACGUGUCCUGGCACUAUGGGGAGAACCGCUCCGAGAUCCAGAACAGCAGCAAGUUCUUGAUCUACAACGAGAUCCUCAACAUGACAUCCGUGUCACGCCUCACCAUCUACAACUUCACCCAGAGCGAUGCAGGUGACUAUGCUUGCAAAUUGCUGAUGGAUAUUUUUGAAUAUGGGACCUCAAGAAAAAUAGAUGUCAUACCCGUUCGAAUACUGGCCAAGGACCAAAUAAAGGUGAUCUGUGACAACAAUCCUGUGACUUUGAACUGCUGCAGUGAGAACAGCGUGAACUGGAGCAAUGUGGAAUGGAAUCAGAGAGGGCAGAUACGCAUUGCCGGAAUCCCGGAAACAGACCUAGAGUCUUUCUGCAGCACCUACACCAUCAGGGCUAAUGGAACCCAGUGCCCAGGCGGGUCCUCGGGAACCAAAGUCACCUACACCUGUGAGUUCAUCCGCAGUUACGGAGCCAGAGGCAGUAAGGACAUAGAAGUCACGUUCAUCUCUGUGGGAGAUAAUUCCAGCCACAAAGGGGAAGUGCACGAGCAUCUAAGGCAUGCGGUGGAAGUGAGUACAGUUCAGAGCACCACCUGGAACAGCCUAGAAACAAAUAAAGCCCAGGAGCAGCAAGCCAACCUAACAAUAACCCCGGACCCAAUUUCUGUUUCUGAGGGACAAAGCUUUUCUAUAAAAUGCAGCAGUGAUGUGAGUAACUAUGAUGAGGUUUAUUGGAAUACUUCUGCUGGGAUUAGAAUACAUCAAAGGUUUUAUACCAUGCGUUGGCAUCCUGCCGGAGCGGAGUCAGUGCUGACAGUGAGGACAGCUACCCGGGAGUGGAACGGGACCUAUCACUGCAUAUUUAGAUACAAGAACGCAUACAGCGUGGCCACCAAAGAUGUCACCAUCCACCCGGUGCCUCCGGAGAUCAUGGCCGACCCUCUGGAGGUGAGCGGCCUCUGCGUCGGUUCCUACUGCUUCAAGUGCUGCAUAGAUGAGGACGAGGACUACAGAGUCUCCUUCCAGGUGGAUUCCUCCCUCUUUCCUGCUGUGAAAGAAGUCCAUGGAAAGCAAGUUUGCUACAAGUACAAUCUCCACGUAAAACCAGUUCCUGCCUGUCCCAAAACCAUCGAGGUAUCUUGCCGGUUUACCAAUGCUGCUAACUAUUCCGUCUCGAGCCAGUCCAUGAAGCUCACCCUGGUUCCCGGGGAGAACGUCACGUGCAGAGACCCCAUCAUAGGUGUUGGUGAGCCCGGGAAAGUCAUCCAGAAGCUCUGCCAGUUCUCGCGAGUUCCCAGGAGCCUGGGCGGCGUCCUUGGCGGCGUUGUCACUUACAGAUGCGUGGACUCCCACUGGAGGGAGGAGAGGAAAAGCUGCAUCUCCGCCCCCAUCUAUGGCCUCCUCCAGCUGGCUAGGACAUUGAUCAAGAGUCCCUCCCAGGACCUGAAGCUCCCGGCCUACCUCAAGGAUCUUUCUGUCAGCACGGGCAAGGAGAAGCAGGACAUCCGCUCCUCCCCUGGGAGCCUGGGUGCCAUCAUUAACAUUCUUGGUCUGCUCUCGACUGUGCCAACCCAAGUGAAUGUGGAAAUGAUGAGGGACCUGCUCUCCACCGUGAAUGUCAUCCUGGACGCGUCCACCUUCCACUCCUGGCAGGAAUUACAACAGCAGCAGAGCAACCACACUUCCCAGCUGCUGCAUUCGGUGGAAAGAUUUUCCCAAGCCCUGUGGUUGGGAGACAGCACCCCUCCGUCUCUCUCCCACCCCAACGUGCAAAUGAGGAGCAUGCUGGUGAAACCAGGCCCCCCGAAACUCUACCAACAGAAGUUUGUUUUCCCGGACUCGGACCUCUGGGGCGACGUGGCCAUUGACGAAUGCCAGCUGGGCCACCUGCAGCCGGAGUCGUCCAUUGUCACCGUGGCCUUCCCGACCCUCAAAGCCAUUCUCGCCCCGGAGCUUCCCAGAAGGACUUCGGCCAGCAGCUUAGUGAUGACCACCACGGUCAGCCGCCAGAUGGCCAGGCCGUUCGGGAUUGCCAUGACUUUUAAGAGCAACCACUAUUCAAGGGAGAGGCCCCAGUGUGUCUUCUGGAACUUCAGCCUUGCCAAUCACACCGGGGGGUGGGACACCGGCGGGUGCUACGUGAAAGAAGUCCGUGCGGACACGGUGUCGUGUUACUGUGACCACCUCACCUCCUUCUCCAUCCUCAUGUCCCCCGACUCCCCGGACCCCGACUCUCUGAUGAAGAUCCUGCUGGACAUCAUUUCCUAUAUCGGGCUGGGCUUCUCCAUCCUGAGCCUGGCGGCCUGCCUGGUGGUGGAGGCCAUGGUGUGGAAGUCGGUCACCAAGAACCGGACGUCCUACAUGCGGCAUAUCUGCAUCGUGAACAUCGCGGCCUCCCUCCUCCUGGCCGACGCCUGGUUCAUGGUGGCCGCUGCCAUCCAGGACUAUUACUCCCCUCUCAAGGAGACAGCCUGCGUGGCCACCACCUUCUUCAUCCACUUCUUCUACCUCAGUGUCUUCUUCUGGAUGCUGACCCUGGGCCUCAUGCUCUUCUACCGCCUGGUGUUCAUCUUGCACGACGCUAGUAAGUCCACGCAGAAGGCCUUGGCCUUCUCGCUGGGCUAUGUCUGUCCCCUGGCCAUCGCGGCGGUCACGCUGGGGGCCACGCAGCCCAGGGACGCGUACACCAGGAAGAAUGCGUGCUGGCUCAACUGGGAGGACACCAAGGCGCUGCUGGCCUUCGUGAUCCCGGCGCUGGCCAUCGUGGUGGUCAACCUGACCAUCACCGUCGUGGUCAUCGCCAAGAUCCUCAGGCCCUCCGUCGGCGACAGGCCGAGCAAGCAGGAGAAGAGCAGCUUGCUGCAGAUCAGCAAGAGCGUCGGGGUGCUCACGCCGCUCCUGGGGCUCACGUGGGGGUUCGGGCUCGCCACCGUGUUCCAGGGGAGCAGCGCUGUCUUCCACAUCGUCUUCACGCUCCUCAAUGCCUUCCAGGGACUGUUCAUCUUACUCUUCGGCUGUCUCUGGGAUCAGAAGGUGCAGGAGGCUUUGCUGAACAAGUUCUCGCUGUCAAGAUGGUCUUCCCAGCACUCAAAGUCAACAUCCCUAGGUUCAUCGACACCUGUGUUUUCCAUGAGUUCUCCAAUAUCGAGAAGAUUUAACAAUCUUUUUGGUAAAACAGGAACGUAUAAUGUGUCCACACCAGAGACAACCAGCUCAUCCGUGGAAAAUUCAUCCAGUGCUUAUUCAUUGCUCAACUGAGUCCAGGCCACGUGACAUCCUGGGAACCCACUGUCCACCUGCGGACUGCGAAAGUCAAGUGUUCCCUCCCACUGCAGGCUCCUGGGCGCGGAUGCUGCCUGCAGAGACUUGUGUGGUAGAAAAGAGAACCAAUUCCUUUUGUAAAGACACCCUGAAAGUAAAUGUUACAUUAAUCUCACUCCCCAGCUCUUACUUCAUGGAAAGCUAAAUGUGUAUAGUAUUUAAGUGAAACUCAAAUCCCCCAACACCCAACCUUUCUGUCUAUAUUGUAAAAUAGAACUGUGAUGAGCCUUU